UUGUUUGUUUGUUUUCCUUUCCGUUGGUCCUACCAACUACAAGAACGGUCCUCCUCUCCCUCUCUAUCUCCGAUCCCCCUCCGGCGCCGGCGCGCCGCUCCCAGCGUCCAAGCACCGCGUUCCCGUGAACCCGCCUUCUCCCAGCCCCCUCAGCGCCGCCCAUGGCUUCUUCCACGGCCGCCGCCUUCUCCGCUCUCUCACCGCCGCCCGUUGGCGCCGAGAGGCCGGUUCCCCAGGGCCGCCUCCUCUUCCGCGCCUCCCGUGCCGGCUCCAGACCCCUACGGAUCAACUCAUCCCGACACCAAGGGCUCUCGCCGGCGCCUAGAGCGGCCAAGGCUGUGGAGGCAGCCAAGGCUGACCCUCUAAAUGUCAUGAUAGCGGGUGCUCCGGCGUCCGGGAAGGGCACGCAGUGCGAGCUAAUCAAGGCCAAAUAUGGUCUGGUGCACAUUUCAGCCGGAGAUUUGUUAAGGGCAGAAAUCGCCACAGGCACCGACAAUGGGAAGCAGGCCAAGGAGUUCAUGGAGAAGGGAAAGCUGGUUCCCGACGAGAUCGUUGUUAAUAUGGUGAAGGGGCGUCUUCUGCAACCAGAUGCUCAGGAAAAGGGUUGGCUUUUGGAUGGUUACCCGAGAAGUUAUUCACAGGCAAUGGCACUGGAAACUCUUGGAAUCCGGCCUGACAUUUUCAUUCUAUUAGAUGUUCCGGAUGAACUUCUUGUUGAAAGGGUAGUUGGCAGACGGCUGGAUCCUGAAACUGGGAAAAUAUACCAUCUAAAGUAUUCUCCACCUGAGAAUGAAGAAAUUGCAUCCAGGCUGACACAAAGAUUUGAUGAUACAGAAGAAAAGGUUAAGCUGAGGUUGCAGACACAUUAUCAAAAUAUCGAGUCCUUGGUUUCAAUAUAUGAAGAUGUUAUAGUCAAGGUAAAAGGAGAUACCACGGUGGAAGAUGUGUUCGGUGAGAUCGACAAGCUGCUCACGUCCAGCCUUGAUAAGAAAACAGAAAUGGUGGCUAGCUAACUCAUAAGCAGAGAAAGCUGUGCGAACCAGACAUGUGGCGGAAGCAUGAUUUUAUUUUAUUUUUUGAAGACAUGCAGGUGACAAAGCAUUGAUAGGAUGAUAUUUAGAAAGCCCUUUGUCAUACAUGGAUGUAAAUGCGUCACUGUUUUGUAAUGAUCUUUACUAGGAAUGCAUUGAUUUACGGUGCAAUUGGAAGGAUUGCCUUGAGUUUGCA